CAUAUCAUGAUGGCGGUAGCCUGCCUUGUUUUGAAUCCCCGCUCUUCGAAGUUUGCGCUGGCUCUAAGCGAUAAUAGGAUGUGAUAUUCCGCCAAGGAGACCAAUUAAGUGAAGAACAAUGAUGGAUUCCGUCCUAGGGGAUGACCAAACGCUCCCUGUUGAUAUCAAUGGAAGCUGCAGACUGCCGGACUCCAUAAAUGCUGGAGAAUAUUCCACAGACAGCAUGACAGCUCCGUCUGAUAAAAUGUCUCCCAUAAAAGCUCUCGCCAUGAAGGACUAUGAAAAUCAAAUCGCAGCUCUGAAGAAAGAGAACUUUAACUUGAAGUUGCGCAUUUACUUCAUGGAAGAACGUAUGCAGGAGAAAUGUGAUGACUCGACUGAAGACAUUUUCAAAACGAAUAUUGAGCUGAAAGUGGAGUUGGAGUCGAUGAAGCGAGAUCUGGCAGAGAAGCAAGAACUACUUGUGUCUGCAUCCAAAGCACUGGAAAGUCUGGCUGGUCGAGAAUCAGGAGAACCCCGGCGUGUGAGAGAGCAAGCACAGAGGGAGAUGGAUGCAGUGAGAGACUCAUUCAGCAAACGGAUAGCUGACCUUGAACAAAGUCUGCAAACGGCAGAGGAGGAGGUUGAGAAGAUGGCAGCCAUUGCAGAGCAAGAAAAACUUAGAAAUAUAAAUAUGGAGAAGCAGCUCCAAGUCCUUGCUCCUCAAAGUGCCUUCAUCCCUGGUUCUAUCCCCAGUCUAGUUCAAGACCUGCAACAUGCCCUCCAGGAGAAAGACAAUAUCAUUGAGCAGCUCAAGAUCACUCUAUCAGACCAUGAAGCUAUGAUCCAUCAGCAAUGCAGCAAAGACCGAGAGACAGAAGCACCAUCAGCCAAGCAGCUAACUGACCUCGUUGCAGAGAAAAAUCACGAACUUAAGGCACUUAGAGAUGAGUUAAGUAGAGAAAAGGAGAAAACACACCCAGAUCAGCAGAUCCUGCGCUGCAUCCCUAAGCAGCAAAUGUCCGCCCCUGCAGGCAGUCGUAUUCCUGUACUGAAGAGGUUAAGGGGCUCUGGCCCUGUUAUCACUCGAGCCAAGCUCAGACACAGAGAUGCAAAUUGGAAGUCUCUGCAUGACCUCACAGAAGAGUUUCAUGAUGAAUACACUCCUGUCAGAGUGAAGAAGAGUGACAUUAAUCGACUGGAGUCCGUCAAUAAAAAGCUUGGUGAGGAGCUAAAUCAAGUAAAAAUCAUCAUUGAGAACCUGAGAAGAACACUGGAGGACUCACAGAAUCAGAACAAGAUCGUAUCAGACAGGUUGGAUGAGAAAGAGAAUGAUCUAAACUCGGAGAAGAAAAAUGCUCUGAAGCGAGAUAAAACAAUCCAGGGACUUACUCAGGUUCUCGGAGAAAAGGAAAAAGAGAUUGCAGAACUUUGCCAUGAAAUUGAGGACAGGGAUGAUGCUUUGGCCAAGGCAAGAGAGGCUGCACAUAAAGCCCAACUGCAGAAAUACCAGGGAGUAGAGGAGCACCAAAACCUGUUAAUGGAAAAGCAAAACGAGUUGGCCCAACUCCAGGGGGAACACCAUAGCAAAGUGCUUGAGGCCCAAAAAUUACAGCGUGCCCUGGACAGAAAGGAGCAAGAGUUGGCUGACUUGCUGCAGACAAAGGACCAGCUUGAGGUGGAACUGGAAGACACACAGCAACAGAAGAAAAAAGGAGACAAAGCCCUGAACGAUCUGAACAAUCAGCUGAAAAAGCUGAGUGGUGAGAUAGGGGAAAGAGAGAGUGCUCUUGAGCAGCAGUACCAAGAUAUUCUGGAGCAAACCAAAAGAAAACUACACACUCAUGAAGUCGCCAUCCAGCGCCUCACAUCCACUUUGGCCGAUAAAGAACAGCAGCUACAGGAGUACAUGAACAUGGUCAAAGACUUUGAGCAAAGCAGAAGUCCUGGCAGUAACGACAGUGUGCUCACAAAGCUUCGGCAAAGGCUGAAAGAAAAGGAGAGUGCUUUGGAACAAGCACUGGAUGAGAAAUUUGCUGCAAUUGAGGAGAAAGACAAUGAGAUUCACCAGCUGCAGCUGUCACUUAGGGAAAAGGAAAGGGACUUGGAUAGACUCAAUAACUUGUUGGCUCAUAACGAGGAAACCAUUAAUAAUUUUGAUACUCUAAUUAAGGAAAAAGAUGUGGAGUUGCAGCAUCUUACAAACACUCUUAAGAACCUGCAGAGAGCCAAGCAAGAUGUAGAAGAUAAUCUGAACAGAUCACUGAGAGAGAAAGACUCCAUCAUCAACCAGCUGCAGCUCUCCCUGGAGGGCAAAACAAAGGAUAUGGAGAAAAUGGCUGAAUCAAUGCUGAACCAGUCACAGACUCACUCACGGGACCUUGCUGAACAAAUGGGCCAGAGGUUAAAAGUCACAGAGGCUAUGCUAGCUGAGGCUGUGAAAGCCAGAGAGAGACUUGUUGCUGACAAUGAGAGUGCUGUGGAAGGGCUGUUGGCCACAAUUGGCAGCAAGGACCAGCUUCUCAAGGAGUCUGCUGAGCACUUCAACCGUAUGCUCUCUGAACGUACUCAAGAGAUCCAGGAACUCAGGAAGCAGCUGUCUGAAAAGCAACAUGCGGUUGCCAAUGCGGAGAAGCAAAGCUCUUCAGCAUCCCAGGGGAAUUAUUUAGAGACUGCAGAAAUUAGAGCCCUGCUUGCAGAAAAAGACAGCCUCAUCAAUACACUUCUGCAACGUGGUCAGGAGAGAGACCAGUUCCUGGCACAGAUGAGUCACAAAGUGGAGUCGGAUCAUGUGUUGGAUCUCAGACAAACCAUCCAUAUCAUGCAAGAGAAGCUGGAUGAGAGGGAUGCUGAACUGUCCAAGAAAAUCAUUGAGGACAUUCAGGAAAGCAAUCCGCCUUCCAAGAAAACGGUUGUUGUCCUAAAGAAAGAGUUGGCACAAAAAACUGAAGCGUUGAACAAAGCAUUGAAAAGAGAAAAUGAACUGAAGAUUUCAUUGGCUGAUCUCCAGUCAUUGCUAUCUGAGCUUGAGGGUCGCGAUGAAGGGCAGGCUGUUAAUAUUGAGUCCCUGACUGCCACUUUGAAGACCAAGGAUGAAAUUAUCAAUGUUCUCCACCAGCGCCUUGGUCAGGGAGGCGACAGUCGGGUUGAUCAUACCCAGGGUCACGUAUUUGGCUCUGGCAUGGAGAGGUCACUACCUGUACUUCCUCAGAGAGAGAAAACCAUGAUAGGUGGAGACAGACAGCAAGAUUCCAUGCCCAACCUUAUGGCAUUGCAACAGGAGCAUGAAGCUUUAAAUAAAGCCCUGAGAGCUGAACAACAGCUCUACUCCAACUUGUGCAGGACUGUGAAGGAGCAGGACAGUGCCCAGCGUCUCCAUGCCCUUCAGCUGGAGCUCACAGCUGUGCAGCUUCUCAGGCAACAGCUAGAAGAUGGCAUCAGAACUAAUGAGGAGCUAAGGGAUGACUUGGAGAGAGAGACACUAAGAGCGAAACUGAGAGAAGGUGUGAACCUGAGCAAUCAAUCUGAAGAAUAUGAAAGCAUGAGGCAUCAGCUUGAGGAUGCCCAGCGCUGGAAUGCAUCUCUGCAGGCUCGCUUGGGGGCAAUUCAGAAUCGCGGAGGAGGGGUUGGUGGAGCCAAGGACGGUGGUGACACUUUGAGUUUUAUUGGAGAUCAGACGUCCUAUAUGAGUAUCUGUGUAGGAGAAGGGCUGGAUGAUAGCUUGUCUCAUCUCUCCGCUCAGGAGCUCCGACAAAAGGUGCUGGAGCUGCAAGAGCGAGUCAGUGAACUGCAGGGUUUAAAUGACGGACUACAGACCCGUCUGUCACUGAUGGAUAAGUUGCAACGUGAUGCUGAUGCUCAGGAGGAGGAAGACAAAACCCUGACCACCAGGAGCCCGUCCAAACAGCAGCAUCAGAAAACACGUGAGAUGCAGCUGCCAUCUCAUCAUACUGAGACGUAUCUUCCUGAUCGGGAUAAAGAGAGCCAGACAAGGAUUGAACCAGGACAGAUGGCAUCUGGAAAGCUUUUUGGGGAAGAGAGCAUGAGUAAAGAACAUGCUUUCCCUGAUGGCUGCCUGUCAGACACUGAGGACAAGAAUUCCAGAGAGAUGAACAGAGAUGUAAUGAUGCUUAAAUCUCUGUUGACUGACUGUGGGUUCACCUCAGUCUCGCACCUUAGAGAGGAACUACUCCAACUUAUCUCCGAAAAUGCAGAGUUGCGUGGCCUCCUGAAGGAACAAAAAUCUGCUGAGUGUAAAGAAAAAGAGAGCACGGAUGUUUCGGGGAACACCAGCGAUGGACAGGCUGAAUUGAGAAGGAGUUUAGAAACCCUGCACGCUGAAGCCAAAGAUUAUUCUGGGGUGAUCAGGCUGCUGAAAGAAAGGGGUGAGAAGAAACUGAGUGAUGUGUCGGAUGGGGAGACCCCUGUAACUACUGCCGUUGCUGCUGAUGAGAUAAAAAGUCCACAACGUCAAAGUCAGCCCCAAACCAAAGGUCCAAAGCAGCAUUUUGCAAGGCAGAGGGCCAGUGUCAAAUCACGUCUUCCUGUGCCUUUGAGGCUGAAAGUGGAGGGUAACAAUGUCAAUCAGCCUAUGAGCCCAGACCAACUACAAACUGAUGCAAACCAGGACCUUAACGUGGAUGAUGUUUAUGGCUCCGACCAGCUUACUGACCCCAACUCUCCAACAAAACUCCAGCACAGCACGUCCCCUUCCUCCACCCUCAGAUUUAUUCCCCGUAGCUGUAGUCCAUCAGGAUUUGACAAGAACUCAGAAGCCGGAAAAGCGAUGGAUCCCACCCAGACUGACGCUGAUCUUCUCUCUCAGUUGGAGCUUCUCCACCAGGAAUGUCAGGAGAAAGAGUAUCUUAUCAACAAGUUGGGUGAACAGCUGGCUGAUUGGGAAGAGCUCCACGUUCAGCUUCAGGAAAAAGAGAGACUUAUCCAUCAGUACACAGAGGCCAUGCAGGCAGCCCAGUCCACUAUAGCUUAUCUAACGGCCUGCACUAUGGACAGCCAGGGAGGGUUUGGUUUACACAUAGAUUCUGGUUUUGUUGGUUCAGACGCUACCUUCCACAGUAAGUGCAUAGAGCUUCAGCAGGCUCUAGAGGAAAAGGGAGAACUCAACAACCAGCUUAUUAAACUUCUGAAAAUGGUAGAGGAGGCCAUUUCUUCCUCAUGCAACGAAGAGAUUAGUCCAGAACUCGGUGAUCUUUCUUUAAAGAUAAAGGGUGUUUUACAGGAGUUAAAUGCAUCUUCAAACAGAGACGGCUCAAAAGGUUUCUUUGGCAGUUCUGGUGAGUCUCUGCAUGAGCUACAGCGACAAAAUGACUCUUUGCAACAGGCGCUUUUUGAACAGAAUAGGCUCAAUGCAGAGCUUCAGGAACAGUUGUGGGUUGCCAAUGCUUCUGCACAACGUGGCGGCCUAGAUGACACCACCGCUGUGACAGCAGAGUCACUUCAAGAGGAAACAAAGGAAAGCCAUUGUCCAGUUAGAGGUUUUGAUAAUAGUGUAAAUCAAAAGAUGCUUAAAGUUUUAAUGAAUUGUUUUAGUGCAACAGAAUCUGUUGUCACCUCAUUAACAGCUCACUGUGCAAAUACUGCCUCCUUGAGCUCCGUCAAAUCAUCACAAAUUAACCCGGACUUGGAGAGGAAUUUGGAAAAACUUCAGAGAGCCCUGCAAGAGAAAAUGCAACUCGAUGAACCCGCCCAGCCAGCAACCAAAUCCAGCUGCAAUCUGCUCACCACUUCCACCGAGACAGAAGGCCAGAAGCUCCAUCAGGAUCUCUGGCACCUCUACAAGGUCUUCAACGAUUGCUUUCAAAGGAUAACUGAUCUCCAGGCUUCCCUACAAGAAGUGAGGGGCCACAGAGUGGAGAGCGAGUCUCACAAGACGGUGCAAGACGCCAAGGGAUUACCACCAAGUGUUCAGGUCCAACUGGAGACAUUACACAAGGCUCUGAGGGAGAAAAAGAAGGCAUGUAAAAACCUGGAAGAGAAGCUGGCCACUGCUCUUACUAAUACAACAUCCCCUGAAGCUGCACGAAAAGCUCCUGAGCACGGUGACAAAGCCGUGCAGGUGGAUUUGCAAGACCUGGGUUACGAAACCAGUGGCAAGAGUGAGAACGAUAGGGAAGAGAGCAGUAGCACAGAUUUAGAGGUGGGUGUGAACCCCAGUUGCAGUGCUUCUAGUCUGCCUUCCCUCCUAAAGCAUGAACACGCUGGCUUCUCCUCAACUGAGAAUUUGGACUCAACCUCCAGCACUCCGUACCCUAGUUCCCCAGCUCAGAGCUCAGCCAAGGUCAGUCUGAAAGGUCUGCAGGUCUACGAUGAGUACGGCGCUUCAGAGGACCCACUUCAACUUAGAGCACAAGUCAGAGAGCUGAAGAUCCAACUUGAAAACCAGACCAAACUUAUCAUCCAAAUGCAAAGUCUUAUGCGGCGCAACUCCCUCUCCAGUGACCUUGUUGCCAGCACUUUUGACCCGUCUGUCAUCAGGGAGCAAGAGGGCGCUCACAAAGUUGACCGUAGCCAAGAAAGAAGCUUCAAAACUGGGCAAGUUAGGGAGAAAAGGGAGGCUGAGAAUCAUCCUUUGAAGAACAGAGCUAGCCGUCUAAAUAUGGACUUGGACAGCGAGAGGACAGCGGACAGAAGCGUUAGUGAACAACUGCAGCAGACGCGGAGUGGCUCAACAUCACCUGCUAGACUGGAUUCUCUGGUCCAAUCACAGGCGAGGGAAUUGUCCCAACUGAGGCAGCAGAUCAAGGAGAGCCGCAGGCUCGGAUCGAUGCAGCGUUGGCAGUUGGAGGAGCUGAACAAAGCUUUUAAGGAGCUGCUGCAUGCCGGCGAAGUGGACUGUUAUAUGGGGGAAGUGGUCAAAGAGCAGCUGGACAAGAGCCUGAGCAUUCUGGACAGGCUGGAGGGACGGCUGGACAAGGGAGAACCUCCUCUGGAUAAGGAGGAUGUAGCAGCUCUUGAACUGUCUCGCAGUCUUGGUGAGCAGGCAUCAAAGUCACUUCUCUCCCAUGAGGCGAGCAUGGACGACCCUUCUGACAGCCUGUCUAGAAUCCAGUGGGAGAUAGAUUAUCUGCGUCUGGAGCUGGAGGCCGAGCGAGUGCUGCUGCAGCAGCAUGUCAGCCUCCUUGUCCACCAUAAUCUCACCCUGGGCAAAUGCACCAGGGAGCAGCUGGACCUGCUGGCUAAGGAGCUCCAGGAGAAGAAUCGACUCAUCCAGAGCCUUCAAAGUCAGAUUAGAGGCCAAAGUCUCAGCAGCCACCACAGUUCUCAUACUGAUCUGUACCACACUGACAGGACCUGUUCUUCUCACCACAGCAGCCCCACCGCACACGUCCAUCAGCACCAGCCUGAUUGGGCAGGAGCAGCUGUCCCUCCUGGAGGAGGAGCUGAGGAGGAAGGUGCAUCUGGUCACGGGGAAGCUGCCAGCAGGUUACAGGGUCUGCACAGGGAGAACGGGCGUUUACAGGAGCAGCUGAGGAGCAGCGAGGAGCUCAACGCCACUCUGCGCAGUGAACUGGACCUGCAUCAGUCAAUCAUGGCCCAAAACAGCUCUCAUCAUCAAGAACAGGAUACAGGUCAAGUCUCAGGUCCUCAAACAGAAGCACAUAGACAAGACAGGGACAUCGGCUCACAAAAAAAUGCUGUGGAAGUGCCUCCUACAAUGAAUUCAGACCUACUUGCAGAACAUCUACAGGAAAUCAGAGCUUUGCGACAACGUCUGGAGGAAAGCAUUCGCAUUAAUGACCGCCUUCGGGAGCAGCUAGAGAAGAGACUAGCUGAAGUGGAGAAGGACCCAGCAGCCACCAAUAUCUUCAUCCAUGGUAAUGAGGACCAGGGUCAGUUGGCUAAUGAGGUACGGUUCCUUUGGGAACAAAACCAAGCCCUGCAGGAUCAGCUCAACAUGGGAUCUAGAGAUAAGCAGAAGGAAAAUGAGAAGCUUCGUGAGACAGUGGCUCGACGAACUGCCAAACUUGAACAGAGUAGGAAGGAUUGCGAAGCUCUGAGGCAGGAGAACAGCCGACUGAAGGAGAGACUGGAGCAGAGCAGCCAGGAACAUUCAGUGCUGCAGGAUUCACUGCGCUCCAGCAAAGAAGAGCAGCAAAGGUUGCAGUGUGAGGUGAAGCUGCAGAAGCAGCAGCUUGCCGACUCCAAACGUCUCCUCCAGUCUUUACGGGUAGAGAUUAAGGUCUAUGAAAAGAUGAAGAACGACUUAACCAAACACAAAGAAUCGGGUGAUGCGACCCCGCCCCCCGUCACCGAUGCGUCCUCUGGGUCCGUUGACCUCAGGGAGCUUCUGUCAGAAAUCAGACACCUGAGAGUUCAGCUGGAAAGAAGCAUCCAGACCAACACGGCUCUGCGGCAAAAACUGGAGGAGCAGUUGUUCAGAGGACCAAAUCGCUCUGAAACCAUCAACAUCAACUACAUGUUGUCCUCUCCAGAUGAAAAGGGCCUGUCGCCAGGACGUGAAGGCUGUGAUCCUCAGCGUCACUCCUUGCAGAUCCACAAAGAAGACAACAGUGUCCUAUAUGAUGUACAACAUUAUGGUCAUUCAGAGGUGGACGGCUCAGUCGGCAGCAGCUCUGGCGAUAGCGUCUCUAGCGCUCCCUUUCGACUGGUGCCUGGCCACCGCAUGUGGGCGAGCCGCAACGGGCGCCAUGUAUUGGGUUUGAUUGAAGACUAUAACGCCCUCCGUAAGCAGAUCUCAGAGGGACAAAAGCUGUCCCGCAGCAUGGACGAUCAACUCCAGGAGUGUCUGCACACCCUCAAUCAGCAAGGCUCUGACAAGGUCCUUGAACAGCAAUAUCUGAAGAGUUUAUCCAGCAGCACGAACACCAUACAGCAAGUGCUGGGCGAGGCUGGCGGGCUACUUAAGCUGCUGUGGCGAGUCUCUUUACCGGCUGGUUAUGGAGCAGGGGAAAACGCCAACAACCAGCAGGAUGAUCUGCUGAAAAAUGAGAUAGCCAGACUGAGGAACAGACUGUCACAGCAGGAGAGGAUGCUGAGCGGAGCUGUGAAACGUCUCCGCACCACCAACCAGCUGAAAGAGGGGAUGGAGAGGGUCAUCAUCGACCAGUUGUCUCUGACCCACGGAGUUUUAAAGAAAGCCAGGGGCAACUUGGAGACAAAUUACUGUACCUUGUUUGGCCUGAAAGGCCUCUCUGGAGGACCAGGCGAAGGAGGUUCCAGUCAAUGGCCAGUAGUGGACACUGAGGACACUCACCCUGAUCAGACAAACGUCCCACUUUCCCCACGGACCGCAGAAGAACACUCUGAGAUAUCAGAAGAUUGUACAAGUGAUGCCUCUUUGCACUGUAGCUACUAAAUCUGCAUUUACUCACGCUGCUUUCAAUAAUGUAGCUCCUUCAACUGAGCAGAUGUUCUCGCCUUUCCAUCCUGCUGUUAAAUUUCUCCCUAGAAAUGAAAGCCUUUUAUACCUUAAUUGCACAAGCCCUGCCUUUUUUAAUUUGAUUUAUUUUAGGUACUGAAGAUGUAAAAAAAAAAAGACUAUGUAAAUAAUCCCUAUGCUUUAACAUUUUUUUCCCUUUUAUACUAUGCAUAUAGAAAUGUAUUUUAUUACUGACUAGUUUUUACUGUUUUACUUUAAUGUAUAGGAUUACUAUGUUUGAGGAAUUAGGUGCAAAUGCAGUAAAAACAAGUAUCAAAAGUAAAA